CAGCAACUUCGCAAACACGCGGCAGGCGAUGCGGGCGGCAGCCUUGAGGUCGGCGCUGUGCUUCUCGUCCCGACUCGUCUCGCGCCUUUGGAUCCCGAGGAACAUGUCUUCUGACGGCCAGAUACCAGCCAAAGUCCCAAGGCUCAAUGAGAGAUUGGUUUGGGUGGACUUAGAGAUGACGGGCUUAGAUGUCACGAAGGAGGAGAUCAUGGAGGCUGCCGUGAUAGUGACUGAUAGUGAUCUGAAUGUGGUUGCCGAAGGGCCCAACCUUGUCCUGAAGGUGGAAGACAAGGUGCUCGACAACAUGAAUGACUGGUGCAAGCAGCAUCAUGGUGAUUCAGGAUUAACAGCUGGUUGCAGGAAGAGUGAAGUCACACUUGCUGCAGCUGAAGACCAGUUGCUGCAAUUUGUGACACAGCACACAGAAAAGGGCAAGGCUCCCCUGGCUGGUAACUCUGUUCAUGCAGAUAAGAAGUUCCUUGACAAAUACAUGCCAAAAUUGAUGAAACAUCUCCAUUAUCGUAUUGUUGAUGUCUCUACUGUAAAAGAGUUGUGCAGACGUUGGUACCCAGAAGACUUUGCUUCAGCUCCUACAAAGAAGGUGGCUCACAGAGCCCUAGACGAUAUUAAGGAGAGCAUUGAAGAACUGAAGUACUACAAGUCAGCAAUAUUUAAAUGAAAUGUAAAACCCUUUUGUCUAUUUUGUUACAGUUGUUGUUUUGUCAGCAGUAUUUAUAUAAAAUUGUGCUUCAAGAGUCAUGUUCCUUUCAAAAUAUGACAUUGUUAUCUUGAAAUAAAAUAAUGCAGACAU